AUAAUAUAAUGUGGGAGAGGUAAGCUUUAUCGUUAGUGUCUUCCUGGCGCUACCGAGUGUGGUGUGCAGCCCCCCUGCAUCCCGGAGCCCUGGAUUCACUUAUACAUAAAGUCGUUUGCAUCGUUAAAAGAGCGCCGUUUGCACUACACAGGAAAAGUGAGAAGGACCCAGCAACAAGCGGCCCAGCAGUGGUCGGCACGCUAACAUGAAGCUGCUAGCGGCCUUCCUCCUCCUGCUGGUGACCCGAGUCAGUGCAGAUGACUCGGCUGGCGCGUAUUCCCGGAUGUGUGUCCAUGGGGACUCUGCUGCCGCGUACGAGGUGGGGAUGCAGUACAAAUACCAGUAUGGAGGCGAGGUGAUAACUAAGGCGCUGGCAGCAGGGCAUGAUGAGUCUCGUCUGGCCUUCACUGCUCAAGUCGUCAUUACUGCCAAUACACCUUGUGACCUGAAGCUGCAGGUUAAUGAUUUGGUAGUGGAAGACACCGGUGAUGAUUCUAAAUGGUUCUCAGAAGCAGUACAAAAACAUGAUUUGCACUUCAGGUACCAGCAUGGAGCCGUCACAGACCUCUAUCCUCAUGAGGAAGAAGAGGCAGUAGCCACCAACUUCAAGAGAGGUAUUCUGUCCUCACUGCAGAUGACGGUCUCCCCAACAUCUGAUGAGGAUAUCAUUGUCAGCGAGGUGGAUGUGUCAGGAGAAUGUGAUGUGAAGUACAGCAUGGAGAUGAAUCCAAACCCACAGGUGACAAAGACUAAAAUGGGAUGUCAUGCCAACACUUACAUCCCAUACCUCCCACACUCCUACUACAUCAACACCAAGGCCAACUCUCACCUCCCAUUUAUCAGGAAUAGCCAUGUGUGUCACAUACAUGGAAAAGAAGGUACUGGUCCACGAGGGGACAUUGAUGUUACUGGUGGAGGUGGAAUGUGGGAGAAGGUGAUGUGCAGUGAGGAGAUGCAGGUGCAUCACUAUCUCACUCCUGUCAGUAAUAGGUCCUCACUGGCCACUGUCUCCAUGUCUUCCACACUCACACUAGAGGAAGGGCCCAAGCCAAUGGAUGGAAACUUCUCAAAGGGUGAUGAGUUGAGGAAGAGAGUGUCACUUGUGGCUGACCUGAAAGCAGCUGUGGACUUUGCUGAGAUGAAGAAACUUUCUAACCAAAAUGUGAAGGAGCAACUUGACUCUGUCAUUGAGAGUUUGUCAGCAUUUGAAGACAAUGAGCAAGAUGAGCUUCGGCCUCGCCUCUUUUCCACGCUUGUCCAAUUGUUGAGCCACUUGGAUGCAGAGGAGCUUGCAGAUGUGUGGUCAUCAUCCAGCUCAGAAAACAUGCACAGAAGGAUGCUGGUGGAUGGCUUGCUGGUGUGUGAUUCCAAUCCUUGCCAUGUCCUGGUGGCUCAGCUGGCACAAGACCAAGGGAUGCUUUCCCAAGGCCAGCUCAAUAUGUGGCUCACUGGACUUCACAUGCACACCUCUGCUCUUCCUGAAUUUGUCACCCAGCUACUGGACCUUGCUGAGGCUGAGGAGAAAGUGGCUGCAGCAGCAAUAAUGUCAGCAUCCAGCACAGUGCACCGGCUCUGCCUGCAGCAACCAUCUGAGUGUUUGGCACAUGCACAAUCUUUCCUAGAGUAUGUGGACCAACAAGUGGGAGUCUCUUGUGGCCAUGACAAGACAAGGCAGCAGCAGGAGCAUGUUAAGCUGGUUCUGAGAGCUUUGGGCAAUGCUGGAGUUCUUCCAAGUGACAAUUUCCCUGAAAGAUGCUAUUUGAACAGAACACUACCCCCAGAGCUGCGCAUCACAGCACUGCAAAGUUAUCGUCGCACCAGUUGUAGAGGUGUUGAGGCUCCCUGGAAGCUACUUGAGGAUGGCAGUGAGAAGACUGAAGUGCGUAUUGCUGCUUACCUUGCCCUGGUGCCCUGUGCUGCCCACACCUCAGGGUUCUUCACCCGCAUCCACAAGCUCUUGCAGCAGGAGAAAGUCCAGCAAGUUUAUUCCUUCAUCUGGACACAUGUGAAGAACCUGGUUGACAAACCUGGUCCAAGCAAGCAUGAUCAAGAACUGUCAAAACUGGCCAGACAACACACUUUGCCCAACAAGUUCAACAAUGACGCUUUCCGUACCUCAGGAAAUUUCCGCUACACUCACUUUAGUGAAUCUAUGAACCUUGGAGGCAGCAUGGAUGCUAAUGUUGUGUUCUCCCAUGAAUCCUACGUUCCUCAUCAAGUCUCAGCAAAUCUAACACUAGACUUGCUAGAUAACUCUUUUAAUUUUUUGGACAUUGGUGGAGAGUUUAGUGGCAUUGAAAACCUCAUUGAGAGUUAUUUUGGUAAAGAUGGGUACUUUAGCAAUGAAGAUAUUUUGAAAGUUCUGCAUAAUUUAAGACCCAAAAGGAACAUAAUUCAUGAGGACAAAAUCCAAGAAUUUCAGAAGAAAUAUGAUGCCAAGAAAAAUAGGCAAUUGGACUGGGAAAUUAAUGAUAUAGUAGAGGAAGAAGCCAAGCCGUCCUUCUAUGUCAGAAUGUUUGGCAAUGAAGUUCUUUAUGUAGAAAAUAUAUUACAACACAGUCCUGCACAGCUUCUAUAUCACCUCAUUCAGGAAUUGUCUUCACCUAAAACUUUCAAGAUCCUUGACCAGGAGUACAUGACACCAACUCUCCUUGGGUUCCCACUGCGGCUGAAGGUCAACGCCACCGCUUCAGUCAGCCUGCAGCAUGAGCACACCUUCCACAACACUAAGAAGCUUGGCUUACAGCUUGAGGGCAGCCUCACCCCAUCAGUAGUGGCAGCAAUGGAUGAAACACUGCUAGUGGAUGCUUUUGUAUCCUCUAGUGGCCUGAGGAGAUCAUCCACACAGGUUGCCAAAACAACCAUUGGAGGAAAAUUCUUAGUUCAGGAAAAUGAGGUUGUUGAAGUGCAAGUCAGUGUCCCCAAUUCUGAGGUGAUGAAGGUGAGCUCCUCUGCCAGAGUUGCUCUUCUCAAGAGUGAUGGCAAGUGGGUGGAGCCUAACUCAAAGAUUGUGCCAGUGAAUAACUGCAUUGACACUGUUAAUGAAAUGGUUGGUCUCAUAGUGUGCACCAGCCACACCAAUGGCCAGUAUGAAAUAGAUGGGGACUUAGUCACUGCAGAGCCCUCUGAGGUGAAUUUCCUGAUUAAGAAAACAGACACUUUCAACUAUUACAAACUGUACAUCAGGCAACAGGAGAGCAUCACUGAGGCUCUGUUUGACACUCCAGGUUCAACCAUUGACCGCAAGAUUCACUUUCUCUUUAAUAUGAAUCCUGACCGUGAGGGGGGCUACAUUGUGGUCAGGGGAGCAGGAUAUGGUAUUAAAGGACAAUACAAGGAUUCAGAAGGAUACUCAGGACUUCAGCUUGAGUAUUUACAAGAGUCAAAGGUCUCUGGGGAACUAGAAAUAUCUAUGAAGAAACAAUUGGAAGGCUUAAAUCCGGAAUAUAUACCAAAGUUCCUGGUCAGUGUGGGACCAGACAAGUUUGCCCUAGAAGGGAAAUGGAAACACAUGAUAGAUGAAGACACAGAGGAUGUUGAAGCCUCAUGGGAAGUUCAGGGAGCCUGGCACAAGACAGAGCCAGACAUGGUGCCUCAUGCCUUUGGAAGAGUGUCAGGAAACUUUAUGGCUGGCCAGGACAAUUUCAAGCUGGACCUGAAUACAGAAUAUGGCAGUGAAUCCUCUGACCCUCACUCCAUCAGUCUUACUCUUAACAACAACCACACUCUCCACAAGGAUAUGAGUAUUGUCACAGGAUAUGCCUCACUUCAGAUAAGUCAGAUACCUGCUGGUAUAACAGUGGAGUAUAAGUGUCGGCCUGACCUGUUUGAGCUGAACACCAACACUUCCCUUCAAGACACUCAGGUGUCAUCCCAGGUUGUGGUGAAGAAUGUAAUGGGAAUGACUGGACAGGACACUCAGCUGACCUUGAGCCUGGCCAGCGAACAACUAGAUCUUGACUAUAAGGCUUCGGGCAUAUAUAAGGUUUCUGACAAUGGUUUCCUAGCAGAGGCAGAACUCAACUUCGAUUCUUCCUUCAAGUCCAAAUUCAUCAUAAUGUACCUGUUUGAGGAUGAACCUUUACAUGUGCUAGCUGGGUUGCAUCUCACUCUCAAUGACUUCAUGCUCCAAAUUGGGCACAGCAUUGACAUGACUCAACCUGAUCAUCUCCUCAUCACAGCAAGCACCACAGCAGGGGAAAGAACAGCAGGAUUCCACUUUGAGGCUGACUAUGGAAGUGAACGUCCCUUCAACACCUCCCUUGAAGUGUUUGCUGGUCUGGGCACUCGCUUUGUUGGCCUUUCCUCCCAUAUUGCCUCAGACCUUCAGUGGCAAAAUUUCACAGGCAAAAGCAGUAUAAAAUGGCCUGACUGGUCAGGCAGCCUUGAUCAUGAACUGGUGUUGAGUGAGAACACCAUGGCUGCAAAGUUUUCCUUAGAAAAUAUGGGAAGUCUUGAACUCCUUUAUGAAGCAUCACCAAACCAGGCAGUGGAGGUAGUGGUGAGGGAUGCCACACCUGACACCACUCCGGCUUUUAUGAUUGGAGCCAAGAAGCACUUAUCUAGUGAACUCAGCAUACUGCAGGUGAAUCUGACAGCAGGUGAUAGUCACUUGGUACACCUGGGUUGGCACAUGGACAGUGGAAAUCAGUUCAACUUCAGUCUUCGGCUCCUGGAGAGUGAAAUGAACCUCAGGGGGAAGCACAAUAUGUUGGAAAAUGGCACUGCCUCUGGAGAUAUUCAUGCACAAAUUCUGUUACCUUCUGGUGAAUCCAUCUCCUCUAACAUAAGCCUUAGCUAUGUGAAGAUAGAGAAUGAGGACCUGAUAUUGGUAUCCGCAAGCCAUGAGGAAAAUACAAUUGAAGGCCAGCUGUGGGUGAGUCAUGGCGGCCUACUUGCUGAAGAGAAAGCUGGUGUCAACUUUACUGUCACCACACCAUAUCCUGACUUCCAGAAACUUGGAAUCGUUUUCCUUAAAUCUGGUGGUGCUCAUAACCUUUACUCAUCACAGAUUGAGUUUGACAAAUUUAAGAUUCUAGGAGAUGUCCAGCUAGGUUAUCCAUCUAGCAUGUUGGUCAAGCUGGAAUACCAAGGUGGGGAGGAAUGUUCAUCUCUCCUUCAUCUUGAGCACACCCACAGUGGGCACCAGUAUUUGAGCAUAGUCAACAUAACUCUUACUCAGGCCAGCAAGCCUUGGGAGCUGGUCUUGAACACUUCUCUUGACCACUCCAGCCACCAACACUUUUUGGAUACCAGACUAAGUGUUCAGGCUCCUGUGAUGCCCAGUCCCUUCCACUUCCAGGGUAUGUACAAUGUGACAGAGAACCAGGUGCAGCUUGAGCUUAAGACUGGCCUGGAGAAAAGUGUAUCUUUUUUGUAUCAUGGAAAAAAGGAACUGUCAUGGAAGAGACACCUUCUCAGUGGCCUAGGCAAGAUUGAUGCCUCAUGGAUAGAACCAAUGUCUGUCAAUAUGACUUAUGACCACACUUUGGGUGGCAUCAACAUCAAUGUAGUCUUUGAGUCUGAGGAAGAUUACAUAGACUCCUGGAGUGCUGAGUUUAGCAGUGAAUAUUCUUCAGCUGAAAAUGUCAAAGCUAAUUUCUUCCUCACCCACAAUGACCUCCAAAUCACAAUGCAAGCGGUACACAACCAGUUUGAGAGUAAUUGGAAACAGGAGCUUGAGGGAUCAAUCAACACUUUCACAGUGACAUACAACACAGAUGUAGAGUGGAAUGAGAACUUAGUUCCAACUAAAGCUAAAGGAAGCUUAUCCCUCUUUAACUUUUUAGAUCACAGCCUAGAUCUGUCUCUCUCCCACAUGGAGGAGUCCUUAACACACAUAUCUCAAGUUCAUGGGACAUUUGAUGACUACACCUUUGACCUGGAGCAUAAGUUGGAACCCAAAGAGUCUGAGGAGGGAUGGCAGGACUACUUGCAGGUUACUCUGAGAAAUGUUGGUGAAUCCACUGGUGGCAUUAUCCUCACAGCAAAUACUCAUGGGAAUUGGUCAGCUGUAAAUUCCUCCCUUAAGUUUGAAUCUCCUUGGACUGAUGUCUUUGGUGCCGAUUUUAUGAUACAAAAAAUGGAAUCAUCAUCAAGUGUUACUUUGAAUUCUUCUUAUAGUGAUAAGUCUCUCUUGUCAACCAGCAUUGUAUGUUACUGCUGGCCAUCUUGGAAAAAGUCAGAUCUAAAAGUCAUAGCAAUGUCAUCAUAUUUUGAGGAUUUUGAACUGAAAUUGCAACAUGACUUUGAUUCUGUAAAUCUUGUGUUUGGAGAAGUGACAUAUGGCCCAGAUGUACACAUGCAGCUUGGAAGUCAUCUGAACAUCAAGGAGACAUGGUUUGGGGAAGAAUUUCAGUCAUAUGCCUUUAAUGCAUCUGCAAGAAUUACUAAAUUUGAUAUUAACUUGAAAAGUAUGGGAGCUAUAGAUUCACACUUCAAUGGGACACUGAAACUCCAAUGGAAUGAAAACAAUCUCUCAAUAAAUUCCUCUAUUUUGUAUGGCAAUAUUUUUGAAGCAGAAAUAAGAAACUCAAAAAUAAACUAUCUGUCUAAGCUGAAAUAUGAGCUUGGAAAUGAAGCACUGCUCACUCUCAACUUUACUCUUCAGAAAGAAAUGGAAAAUGUAAUAAUUUUUCAAACUAUAGUUGACUCUAUCAAUCCAAAGUUCCAUGCUGUGUCCACAUUAGAAAUCUUAACAGACCCACCUAAUAAAGUUCAUGGUAAAAUACUUAUAACUGCAGAUCUUACCAAUAUUGACAAGUAUUCCCUCCAGGGAAAACUGGAGGUGAAAUCAAAUCUGUUUGCCACCAAGGAAUAUGGAGGCUUAUUAGAUUUUGAUCUGAAUUUUGAUAAUGAACUCAACUGGAAGGGUUUAGUUGAGGUUGCAGUCACUGGAGGAGACUGGGACAUUAAGAGUGGUGUGAACGCUUCUCUUGCAGUGAAUGAAGAUUUGUCUCACUUUGACUCAGGAGCAAGACUCCAUCUGAUGUAUGGCAAUGAGACAUAUGAUUUGAAAGAUGUGAGAGUUUCUCUGGCUGAAGAUAACAAUGGUGUAUAUGAACUGAGAAUGACACUUCAACCAUCCCACACAAUUACCCCAAGGUCACUGACCAUCAUUUACAAUCACCGUUAUGGAGCACUGAGAGGCUUCCUCAACCUUGGAGAUUCUAGAAACUAUGAACUUUCUUCACGACUUACAAGCAGGACAUUUACUGUGGAUGCCCAUCAACUGAAUGAGGAUGAUUCCAAGUGGCAGAUAGUUGAAGGAAAUAUUAAUUGGAUAGUGAAGAGGACAAAACAGCUCAUCACCAUAAAUAUGAAAUCUGACAUUUCCUCCAUAUCCAAAAUCACUGGCAAAAUUAUAGUUCAAAGGAAACGAGACUUGGCUGUCACUACAACAUUGAAAGUCAAUGAUGAUCAGUUUCAUGGCAACUUCCGGUUGAGUACUCUGGGACCUGGAAGAUUUCGGGUGGAUAUAAAAGUUGAUAACAGUAUAAUCAAUAUGUUUGAAUCUGAAAUAGCUGUAGAACUUAGCUAUACACAAAAUAGCUUGACCUUCAGUGUGAAGAUUAGUUUCAAUGAAAACCCUAACUGGAUUGAAUUAAAUUUCAAGUUAAAUAUCAAAGAAUCAUAUCUGAAGUUAAGAACACCUCUUUCAUUCUUAGAGACUUUCAAUAUAACUGUUAAAACUCCAUCUGAAAUGUUUGGAUAUGAAAUUGUCAUUGAAACUCCUCAGUUUUGUUGGAAUUGGACUUCUAAAUGGGAUGGUGUGCUUGACCUGUCACUAAAUAUGAACCUGGAUUUGCACUGUAAUAAGGAUUCAUUCUUUGACUUCAAUUUUCAAUAUAAAUUUUCAAAAAAUCCGAUUGGGAUUUUUUGUGAACUAAGUGCUGUUGAAUAUGGACCUCUUUUUAAGUUGAGUACAACUGGUAAUUUAACAUCAAAGGGCAUUGACCUUCAGCUUGAAGCAGAGGUGUACCCCAAGUACAGCCUUGGUUUGUCAUUGGCAUCUCAAUUGGAAGAAGAAAGCUUUUUGAGGAUGCAUGCAUAUGAUCCUCCUUCCAAUGGGACUUACUUUGUAUUCAAGACCUUUGUGUCUCCUUCUAAAGCAGAGCUACUGUUUGAGCUCCCUGAAGGAAAAUCUUUCAUUAUCAAAGCUAAUUAUGACUUCCAGGAUCAGCCUAUGAAACUCAGCAGUAGUAUUACUAAUUCUAUACUUGAUUAUGAACUGAAGGCUGAGAUGGAUGGGGAGGCCUCCUUGGCAGCUGAAGGAGGAAACAUUGAGCUGAGUCUUACUUCAAAUACACAAUUUACUCAUUUGAACAUAACAGGAACAUACAGUUUCUUGGAAGAAUUGAAAGAUUUGAGCUUCAAGAUUUUGACACCAAAUGGUGAUGCAGAUGGAGAAAUACAGGUACUGCAAGAUGAGGAUUUCUUGUCUAUCAAGGCUGACAUGAGCUCCAGUUUUCACACUUUCCACAAAUACCAUUUUAAAGUGACUCAUCUAACUGAGAAUGUUGGAGAAAAGCUAAUUGCCACCAUAACACAAGAUGAUAUUGAAUACCAUGUGAAUAGUCUAAAAAAAGUCACUGAUAAAGGUACUGAGGGAAAUAUGAAUGUUUCCUUACCAUUUGAAGGCUAUGAACACUUCAGCUUGAGCUACAAUUAUUCUGAAGAUGGAACAUAUCAAGGAAAGUUAAAUGUGAAACAUGAAAAUGAAGUGUAUGUGGUAGAGGCAAACCAUGAUCCUAAUGAUUUUAUGCAUCAGUUGCUUUUCAAUUGGACAUCUUCUGGAAAUGAAUACAUGGGUGCCAUUAAAUAUAGAGUCCUAUCUAGUAGUCACCAGAUUGAGACUGUAUUGAAUAUUCCCGAGAUAGAAGGGAUUUUGCGUUUUGUUUUGAAAUUUGACAAAGAAGGAUCAGCUUCUGCUAUGUUUUACAGUCCAUAUGGCCUACUUGGGGCUGAAGGCUCUUUCAUCUAUUCAGGAAAUACUAUUGUCUCCUCAGUAAUUGCUCACCUGUCACUGUUUGACCUUCCCAAGAUUAACUUGGAUAUGAUCAUACCUCUGCAAGUGUCUGAGCGAGGUGAGAUGAAGAUGGUGUGGAUCCUUCCCAGGUGGAGGGCAGAGAUGUGGCUUGUUACUGGUGAGCAACUUAAGACUGGAGGUGCUGGUCUUCUUAUAGAGUUAGAUGACAAGACCACAAUCUACAGCCUAUCUUAUGAUGUUAAGGAUGCUUUUAAACUGAAAGGACAAUUUGAUGACUUAAAUCUAGAGACAACAUGGUUUCUAAAAGGAGCACAAAUUUUAGUCUCAGCUGGAGACUUUGAAGUAAAAUCCAACUUUCCUGGCUAUGAGGCCAUUGAUGGUUCCUGGGAGGUAGGUUAUAAAAAUUGGCAAUAUUAUUGUCAGGCAGCUCUGGAUUUGAAGCAUCGGAAGUUGUUCUCUACCAGUGCCACCCUCGAUACCUUAAGUGAGGGUGCAUCUUAUCCAUGGCAAAAUGUGAGGCUCAACUUGUUGAUUGAAUCACCUUUCACCUCACCUCACCACCUGCAUGCUGAGUACCAGCUGCUCACUCCACAACUGUUGCUCUACUACCAGCAUGGCCUUGACACCUUCAAAAUACAACUGAAUUCUGAUUUUAAGAGGAAUUUAGCUACAUUGGCAUUGACUGGCAAUAUUCCAGUGCAAGGUAUCUCAACCUUUGAUGUAAAUGUUGCAUACAACUUUUUGGAUUCAUAUAUUGCAAGUGUUGUUGUAAAAGUAGAAGACUCAACUUUAGAACACAAGUUUGACUUUUCUCCUGACUGGAGGGUUGGCUCAGUGCAGAUGGUCUUUACUUCGCCAUUCCUGAAGCCAGGCAGAGUUCAGUUAAGCUGGUCACUUGUUCCAAAUUCAGUCAUCCUGAGAGGAUUCUUUAAUUUAGGAGAACACUCUGGAAAGAUGAAGAUGUCUUUAGAGAAUACAAAAUCUUCUGCUGAUUUUGAUUGUCAAAUAACAACUUCUAUAAAAGAAUUGUCGCAAUUUCUUGUUAACCUCUCCUACAAAGUGCCAGGAAAUAACAACUUUGAUGUGUCCCUUGCUGCAAGAAUGAACAACAAUGGUAUCUUGAUGAAGUCUUCUCUUGACACUAAAGGUGGGAAAAUUCUGUUGAAAUUCCAAGGAACUUUUGAAAUUCUUGGGAAUAGAGGGUCAUUGGAGGUGGAUGUGGGACCAAGUGGAGAUGGAUACUCUGCAUCAGCUGUAGGAAAAUUCCCUGGGUAUGAAAAGUUUUUCAUUGACUUAUACUUUGAUGUAUAUCAGUUGAAACUUAACAGCAUGUAUGAUGCAAAAGAAGUAUUGGUGGUUAGUACCACUUACAGUCAAACAAAGAUACAAUUCUUCUGGACAGAAUAUUGGUCCUUAAACCUAACAAGCCAGCUUUCAUCAACAGGCAGAAAGCAUUUGUUACAUGUGACAUUCAGUGGCUUUGGCAUUGACCCAAUUGAGAUGGAGGCAAGCUACUCCCAGCGACGGAGUCACUUCCUGAAGCUGAGCCUGACUUCUCCUCUGAUAUCAAACUUCACCCUCCAACUUCAAUACUCAGGCAACAAGGUCACUGUUCAUACCUCAAUUGGAGAGAAGACUUACACCAUGUCAGGAAGAGCCAAUCUCAGAAGACUCCAGUCCAGCUUUAAUGUCCGUUUUGAAUCCUCAGAUGAACCUGAUAACCCAAUAGUCAUGCAGGCUGAGUAUGACUUGACAGAUUUCUUAAUGGGUAGGAUGAAUUCUGUCAAAAAUCUUCUUCAGGUAACUCUUGAGUGGGAAGAAAAGUUCCAAGUGAAUGUGACAGGUCUACGUAAUGGGAAUGUGGCCAAGAUUGACAUCAAGGCAGAAACCCCGCUCAAAAGUCUUCCUCACCUCCAUCUUGGCUUCCAAGGCAAAUUUUUCUUUAUAGACUUUGUUGGUUUUAAUUGCACUGCCUUUGUUGAGUGGUCUGAGAGGAUUGAGAUGACUGCCAUUGCCAAGCUAAUGCAAGCAAAUGUUAAUGCUGAAUGUACACUAAAGACUUCUUAUAGACAUCUUGAGAAGUUAUCCACAUCAUUAAAGUUGGAACCAGGUGAGCUACAGUUAUUAGCUCAGUACAAUAAUGACAUGUGGAAGGCUGUAUGGAAAUAUCAGUUUGCUCCAUUUUCAGUGACUUGCUUAAUUGAGACUCCUAUCACAAAUUAUGAAAUGAUAUCACUUUCUAUUUCUAUAAAGACAGAUGAUGAAAAGAUUGGAGCUGAUUUUGCUCUGAGCUGGCCAGAAGAACAGAAGCUGAGUGUACAAAUAAAAGUUGAAAGGUGGCAAUUAGAAAUAGAUUUCCAAACUCCUUGGGAGCCUUUCACAGUAGGCCUUUUCACAGUAUCACUGAAGACUGAAAGUGAAGAACUGACAGUGUCUAGUGUCAUUCAAUUGGACAGACAUGAAGCAGAGGUAUCUUUCAUUCUUCUUGAUUCAAAUGUCAAGCUUUUGGCCAGCUAUAGUGAAAACUCAGAAACACUUGGUUUGGCUAAGCUUGAAUAUUCCCAAAGAGGUGAUAGCAUGAGGAUUUUAUUUGAAAUACAAACUCCAUUUGAAAAUCUAGAAUCAUUUGAGGUAUCACUGCAGUAUGGGGACAACAAAAUGUCUCUUACAUUUGAAAUAAAUGAUGUUAGGAAUGUAAUUGAGGGUAUGUAUUCUGCAGAUGGUGGAGAGUUUAAAGCUAAAAUUCCAGUGCUUAACAACUUCAGCUGGACAUUGACAUCGGAGAACACAUGGCUGAAAGCAAAUACAAAUAUUGCUUUCAAAAUCCCAGACAAGUCUGAACCCCUAGUUUUAGCCCUGGAAUAUGACAUUAAGCCUGAGGUCAGCACAUUCAAAUCCAUGUUCUCAGUUGUUCAUGAUAAAGAGCUGGUAUCUGUUGAUGUAAAAUAUGAUCAGGGACUCUCCUUCAUGGCAACCAUAAUGAACUACAGUUUAGAUAUACAAGUCUCUGUUUCUGGCAAAGAGAAUGGUGUAAAAAUCAGGUUGGAAGCCCCAGAGUCAGGCUUGGAAUUGUUAGUCAUUAAGAUGAAUUUUGAAUUUGACAAAAAUACCAACAACUUUAAAGUUAUCCAUCACAUCUUGAUGAAACAGCCUGGUGAAGAGCCACACAUGUACAAGAUACAAGGGAUUUUAAAUUUACAUGAAAAUGAGAUACUGGUGAAUGUAGAAUUUGAAGGUGAUGGUUUACCAGUUUAUGAAGUCAAUAUAAAAAUACCAUAUUAUACUAUUGGAUUACAAAUUAUGAUGACGGAAGAUGGAAAUGAGUUGCUUGUUAUACAGUAUAGUUCUGGGUUCCAGAAUGACCUAUUCCUGCCUCAGAAGUUAGUGAUUCAGGGUCCAGCAUGGGAAGCCCAGGGGCAGCUGUUGCUCACCCUAUCAUCCCUCACUGCUUCCUUAACCCUCCCAAAAUCCUCACAGCAUUCCAUCACUGUGGUGUGGCCAGAAGAGUUAGCCUUUGAAGAAUUCAAGAUCACUGCAGAAUUGAAAUCUCCAUUUAUACCACAAGAGGUUUUAAAAUUUACUUUUAUCUGUUCACUCUCUGAAAUUUUCAAUGGAAAGAUACAUGUGGGUAUAGUAUUUGGAGGUAAAGAUAUACAUGUUAAUGGUGAAUACAAUUAUGAUGAGUUAUUGAAAACCUUCCAUGCAGAAAUUGAGAUGGCUUCAGAUUGGAAAAGUUACUAUUCCUUCCAAACAAAUGUUCAGUGGAGGAGAGAUAUCCAUGUGACAGCAAGCUUGGAAACACUGAAUGAAGAACAUUCUUUUGUUUGUCACAUAGAUACAACAAACUCUGCCAUAGAAUUAAUGGUCAAAUCUUCCCUGCUGCCUGUGAAGGAAAUAGCCUUUACUGGAGAGAUAAACAUUCCUCUAGAUUCACCUUCCUUUAAUUUAAAGAGUAAACUUCAAGCAGCUGACCAAGAGAUUGAGUUACAUGCAAGCUUUGAAUAUGAUCAGUUGAACAAUAUUGAUUCUCAAGUUCUGGUGAAGAAGAACAAUCAGGACUUACUUGCAAUGUCAUUGAAAAUGUAUGAAGAUGCCAAGAGAACUGAUUAUGAUCUAUCAGUGUCUCUCCAAAUGGAACACUUUGAUAGAGUUGUUUAUGCACGAUAUUAUAAUGCAAGUUGGGGAAGAUACUGGAAUUUGUACCUGACACCUCAGCUGUUCUUUGAAGUUGAUCAACACCUUACUCUUUCUGUCAUCAACUCACAUGAAUUGAAAGACAUACAAAGUUUUAGUUUCAGUGGACCAAACUUUAAGUUCUUUGCAGAAAGUAAUGUGGGUGAUGGAUUAGGUCAAGUAACUAUAAGUUUAGGCCUUGAUGAAAUUGACUUUUUUGUAUCUGGAGACAUUUUUGAGGAGCAGCGGAUUGGUGUUCAGGUGAAAAGCACCUUUAUCAACUGUGAAGUGUUGUCAGUCUAUACCAUAUGGUCUGGACCAGAGCAAGAGAUAGCAGCUGAGUAUUCUGGCAAUGGGGAGGUGAUUAUAUUUGAUGGCAUCCUUCGGCCUGAUGAUUCAUUUGGAUAUAGUGUUGAUGUUAUUCUGAAAACUUCCUUUGAAGAUUAUGGAAAGUUUGCCUUGUUCACUCCCCGCCAUAAGAGUGGCAGCCACACUAAAGCUCUGUUGGAAUAUCCAGGGAGGAAAGUUGGAGUGGAUAUUAAUUUGAACUAUCAGGGGAUCUUUGAAAGUGACUUUAGUGUUGGUCUUUAUCUGCCAUAUGAAGAAUUCGAAAUUAUAUCACUGAAAUACAUAAUGCAUCCAUUUACUUUGAAGAAACAUUCUCGUUCUUAUCACUCUGAAGUUGAGGCUAGAGUAGGUAAAAUUGGAUUCAGUUUAUCAUCAACUGCUGAAUCACUUGUCAGAGGAAAGCAAAUAGAGACAGUUACUUCUCUGAAUGAAUAUAAAGGAAAGUCCAUUCUUCUCGUGACUUACGCCAAAAGCAAACGAAUGAUGGCUAGACACACUUUUGUAUUUGAGCCAAAAGAACUGGCAGAACGUCACUCAUUCCAUGGAGAAAUGUUUUACGAAGCCAACGACAGAAUAUUCUUCAUGGUGAAAGAUAACAAGGAGGACUUGAUAAAGCUUCACACAGCAUGGGGUGCAGAAAAGAUCUUCACACUUGUUACACCGAAACUUUUACCAGGUUAUAUUCACGUAAACCUGGAACAUGGAUCUUUGAGAGAUGAUUACCGCAUAGAGUUUGGCCUUCUGACUGCUGAUAGGGGAGCCUGGUCUGUGGUUGGACUACAGCUUCACAAGGAGGCACUGCCCGGAGGUCACCACCUCUUCCUGUUGGGUCAGAGUGGUGAGUUUCUAGUCCACGUUGCAGGAACAUUAUCUGCAGAUUCAUGUCAUUUCAACAACAGUCUUGUGUUUGCUUUGAAUAAGAACAAGAUGGGUUAUAAAGCAUUGUUGCUUAGUGAACCAGGCUUUCUCAGCAAGAAGUACACCAGUGAUAUCCAGGUGUUGCUGCACAACACAACACUGUACCACUACACACAAGCAACAGCAACUAUUAAAAGUAUGGACCUGAUGUCCAACUUUACAUGGAACAAAAAGGAUGAACAGAUGCCACCAAUAACAUUUAGCAUGAAUUAUGAUGAUAAAUCCUUCUUUGGAAUUGGCAAAAAAUAUUUGAGUGCAGUAUUGAGUCAUCCAGACAUCAAGGACAUAACCUUACAUGCCAACAUUAGCCACACCCACAAUUCUUCAUUGCUUGGCUCAGCACAACUUGUUGAUGGAAACUCUCCUGAGAUGAAGAUGGUGGCAACAAUGGAGGUUGAGCCCCUGACAGAUGAUGGAAAGCAGACUGUGAGCCUCAGUCUCUCACAGCCAGUCUCCAACUUCACUAUGCUUAUGGAUGCCCAGCUCAGUCAGGACCCAUUCACUGAGGCUCUCUGCAAACUUAGGUAUUAUAGCCUUGCCUCACAAACCUGGCACCAGUUUAACCUCUCAGCCUCCCUGGAGUCUCAAGGCAGUGGCCGUGCCCUCACAGUGGCUGUGGUGGUCCCAGAGGAGGAGUGGGGCCACACAUGGAAGGGGGCACUGGAUAGCAGGCCAGAGGAGGCCUCUCUCUUCUUGGAGGGAAGCUCUCUGGAGCAAGGAGACACUUGGAAGUUGAACUCUGUUGUUAAGAGACACAUACCAGAGCUGGCCAUGUACCUAAGUGUUGGUAAGGAGGAGGAAGUGUAUGAAGAGGCAAGAGUGAGGCUGGGCCUGCACAGUCCAGUGGAGGCUGGGGCAAUUGUUGACCAUCUCAGGUUUGGUGAAUGGCACCAAGAUGUAGCACUCGGCCUCAGACUCACAUCACCACGUGUCUUGCAGGCCUUCCUUGAUUUUAACCCUUCCUUGGACUAUAAAGAUUAUCAAGAUUGGGUUCGCCUGUUUUCACCCUCCAUGGAAGUGCUUGAAGUUUGGAAGAGGGAUGUGGUGACAGCAACACAGAAUUUCAAGCAGUGGGUUGCAACAGAAGCUCCAACAGUAAUAGGAGCCUUAGUAAAUAAUGAAACUGUUCUAGCAAUGUAUAAGAGAGAGGCAAGUAACUGGGAUUAUUUCAUGAAAGAUGUGCAAGAUACAUAUCAAGGGAUCACUGAAGAUGCCAAAACGUUCUGGGAAAGUGUUCUGGUACCAGUAUUUACAGCACUGGAAGACUACAGUAUUAAAAUGUAUAUAGCUGCAAUGGAUUACCUGUCUGAUUUGAAAGAGGUAAUGUUGCACAAUCUUCAGAGGGCAGCACUUUGGCUACAGAAUCUGUGGCACUCCUUCUUGAGCAAGAUGUCCUUUGUUGAAGCAUCGGCGAGAGAGAAACUGGUGGAGUGGGGGGUCAGUCUUGACCAAGGUGCAUCCUUCCUCUGGGUUAACUUCCAUCAGUGGAUCACUUGGUUAGUAGAAAAUGUGAGUAGGGAGGUGGCCAACUUGUUGGAGCAGACCAGGCAAUUCUUCAUCAUGACAAGGGACACAGUGCAGGGUUACCUCAGUCUCAUCUUGCAGGCUAUCCAGCCAUAUUUUGAGGGCCUGCCUGAGGCCUUCCACAGUUAUGGUCAAGAAGUGUUAGCGGAAUUUUCAGGCCCUUGUUGGAUGGCAGUCACAGACAAGUGGAAUAGCCUUGCUGCAAUGGGACAGAACUUGGAUGGCAUGAGAAUAGUUAGUGAGUUCCUACAAAUAGAAAAGUACUUUUCCCACUUGGUGCAAGCAAGGGACUGGUUGAAGAAUACUGUUGCGAGUGGCUGGACUGACAUCCAUGAGACCUUGAGUGGGGUUGUGGAGGAGAUGGUGCGUGUGUUUAGUUCUUGGGGUCCAGCACUCACUGAGUACACCGGGGAAGCAUGGAACACACUCUCUCAGCUGUCUACUGAAGGAUUAUAUCCACUAGUGAUGAGCAUGACAGGGGACCUCCAAGAGAAGGUGUCCCAAGUGGCCUCACAACUCCCUACUCUUCUGAGGAAAAGCAUAGCACCUAUGCAGUCAUACUUUAUCCAGUUCAGUGUAUUCAGACACAUUGAUGAUGCCAUGACAGGCAUCUAUGAAUGGGUUAAGUCAGCAUGGGAGAGGUGGAGCUUGGGUGAACACAGCAGCCUGGGCUUCUUGGAGCAGCAAUUGUUCCUGCUGGGUGAUGCUGUGAGUGACUAUCUAUCCAAGACCAACUACCUCAUGGACCAACUCUUUGUGUUUAAGCCGAGAGUUUUGGGUCAUGUCUUUUAUAACCAAUAUCUUCCUGGCCACUGGACAAGUUUCAUGGAGCUUCCUUCCUGGACCUUCCCAACUCAUCUCUUCCAAACGGAAUCAGCAACUAGAGAGGCUGAGCGACUGAUGGCAGCAGCAUCACCCAACCCAAGCCUUGUUCAGUCCAUUAUGCCAUUCUACACUGCAACUGCAAUUAUUGCAGGCCAACACAUCACCACAUUUGACCUCUAUCACUACCAGUUUUUGGGAUCUUGCUCUUAUCUGCUGGCCAAGGACUUUGAAGGUGGAGACUUUGAAGUGUUUGCUUUGUAUGAGACAGAGGCUGGGGCAACAAGGCUCAAGUCUGUUGUUGUCCACAGCCAGAACACUGAUGUCACUCUGGGUGUGGAUGGAAGUGUGACCUCCAUCGGAAGCGGUGUCUUGGUGUACAACAAUACAGACUACAACACCCUCAGUCUGCCCAACCUGUCUGUGAGUUGCAGCAAAGCACUGCAUGGCUGUGCCCUUACUGUCUCUAACAAAUACUUUGGUACUAACAGACUUGGUGGCUUGUUAGGAAACUUCAAUGGUGAUGCAUCUGAUGAUUUCCAUGGUCCAAGUUGCCGAGUGCCUGAGAAUGCAGCCCACCUGGCCACCAUGUGGGCCAUCUCCACCACACCCUGCUACCAGGCAAAUCAGGCAAAUAUUGUAGAGGAUUACAAUGAUGUUGAAGAGGAAAGUGUGAGAGAGUGUUCACAGCUUUUCUUGUAUGGUGCCAGUCCUCUCAGGGAUUGCUUCCAUGUCAUAGAUCCUCACCCGUACUUCACACACUGCAUCCAAGGCCACACACACCCUGCCUUCAGUGAACAUGAUUUGAACUCUCCUUGUACUGCUGUGGCUUCCUAUCGCACACAGUGUUGGAUUAGACAUAUUGACUUACCUGAUCUGGACAAAUGCAAAAAUGAAAGUAGUAGCGGCUGUGUGGUGGAGGGUAAAAAAGUGCCCUAUGGGUGGAGCCAAGUGUAUGAGGAAACAUCCCACGGCUCAGCUGAUGUGGCUUUUAUUGUGGAACUGACUGACUGCAAUGCUGGCAGAGAUGUGGCAUCUCUUUUUGAUUACAUUGCAAGGCAGCUAGAAAGAGGCAAUAUAAAUGAUGUCCGCUAUUCAGUGGUGGCAGUGGGUGGGGAAGAGACUGUCACCAAGUCGUUCCUGUCCAAGAGGAACACCACAGAUUUCCUUAAUACUCUAUCCUUCAAUGAAACCAAACCAUCUGAAAACAUAGAGGCUCUGGUGGCAUCUACAGCAGCAAAGAUAGAGUGGCGACCUGGUGUGGCUCGCUCAAUAGUGCACUUUAGAUGCCAGGUAUGCAAGGGAGAUGAUGAUGCAACCAAGGUUCUGCAUCAGAAUGAUGUAACAUACCACCUCAUCUCUGGCCUGAUGGUGGAGAUGGCUGGCACCCACCAAGAAGCUCAGGCUAGAACACGCAAGCUGUUUGGUUUUGAUGAAAAUCUUGUUUAUGGUCCUGGAGAUUUCAAGAAGUACAAAGGAAAUGAAAAACUGCGUCUAGCUCUGAGAAGCCCCAAGGAUGGAUGUGUGGCCAUGGCACUGUCCACGGGAGGCUCGGUGUUUGAUGCCAACAAGUGGACACCAAAGAAGGCUAUACAAACAAAGAAAUUUUUGAGUGUACUUGCAAAGCGUGUAGCAGCAUCCAGUUCACCCCCCAAGUGUCAGGAGUGCCACUGCCUCAAGGGGGACUCAAGGGCUAUGCCAACCUGCUUCAAGUGUUUUGGUAAUUCUGUGUUCCUCAUCACACAGAUGGACAACAGCACUUCAGCUGCAGCAAAGGACAACAACAGUGUAGUCACUGAUAUCAAAAGGAGUUUUCAAGAAAACUUUCUGAAAAGCAACAGUAACAUUACAAUGCUGAGGAUAUUGUGAUGUUGGUUUCUUUAAUUUAAUUAUUAAGCUUAACUUUAUGAAGUCAUUGUUUAAUAUUUUAUAAUUUAUGUACAUGAGCAUUUAACUUGACCUUGCAAUCAUGGAGGUCUGUGGGUCUAAAAACAGAUGAUAUUCAUCAUCAGUUUUAGUACCAAAUGAGAAUUGUAUAAAAGUAUUGAAAUGACAUCAGCGUUAAUGUUAAUUGAGGACUUAAUGUAAUUUAAUUGAUGUGUUGUGUUGUGUUGUCGUUUAGCUUAAGGUAGUUGUUUCUCAUUCUCAAGCCAUAACACAUUAGCAGUACUGUAGUGUGUAAACGGGUAAAGGGAAUCACCUCACUGGUGAGUGUGUGAUGUGGCAACACUCAUAUGGAAUGGGGCAGCUAAAGAUUUAUUCCAGAGAAUUGAUUUAAAGGAAAGCACAGGUAAGCAGGUUAUUUUUUGGCUUGAGAUUACAUGUUAAAGAUAACUUUGCUAUCUCUGCUUCUAUACUUUCAUAUAUUCCCAGCCAGAGCAUUCAGAAAACUAAGAAUACCAUAUUGAUCUAUCCAUCAUAUGACUGAAAGCAUUAUGUAUCCUUUAAUAUUGGGAUUGAAGUCAAUAGAUGUGAAGCUCUUCCUUAACUGUGUGUGUAUGUGUGUGCGUGUGGUGACAUGAAAGCCUUUCGUCACAUGUGACAAGAACAUUUGAAAGCAAACCAAGAUACAUUUGACAAUUACUAUAGUAUCAGUGUCCAAGUGAUGUAAAUUAGCUGUAUAUCUCUAUCAAGGUGCUCUAGUGUGGUGUGAUAUUUGAUUUUGGCUUUACUGUACCAUCAUUAUUCAAUUUGACAUACCAUCUGCUCGAGGCUCAGGAUCCAGAAUGCUUGGUGUAAAUUGUGCUCUGUAAACCUGUACUCUGGUACUGUUUAACUGGUGUGCCAAUAAGCAUUCCUAUAUGCAGAAAGGCUGGUGUGUAGAGAAUGUAAGCCCUGGGAGGGGAUGGAUUUGUCACAAGGCUGUACAAAGCAUUGUUGUGUUGUUAAGGUCCAUUGGCCAAUCACAAGGCAUCUUUGUUAUCAAAUAGGUUUCUAAACUCUCUUCUUUGAAUUCUGUAGAGGUAACACUUCCACCCUUUUCCACUUCAUGACUUGCCUGUCUGACCACAGAACUGCCUGUAGUCUGUCAGCUGCAGGUUUUACUGUCUUCCUUCAGAUGUCAGUCUGCCACAUCUUCGCAUCUUCUGUCUUAUUUGUGUGGCUCUGACAUGAUUGUUGUCAAAUAGAUUUACGUGAACAUAUAACUGUCUCUCUUUUGAGGGCAUGACCAUAUAUGACAGCACUGACAAACUGCCUUGCAUACUGUAAAUUAUUAUCUAUAUUCAUUUUUUUCUGAAAUAGUUAUCCUAAAGCAUAAAAUGAUAGUAGGAUUUUUCCAGAUUUUUUGUACCUUUGGUCAGUGUCCCUCAUAUGUGCACACACACACACACACAAAAAAAAAAAAAUAAAUAAAUAAUUAAAUAAAAAUAAAUAUAAAUAAAUAAAUAAAAUAAAUAAAUAAAUAAAAUAAAAUAAAAAUAAAUAAAUAAAUAAAUGAUAAAUAAAAAUAAAGUAAAAUAAAUAAAUAAAGAAAGAAAAUAGAGUAAUGCAACUCUUGCAAUACAUUGCCUCUGAAGCAAUCCCAGAGUAAGCUGCAAGCACAGUGUCUCUCAUUUAGGAUGAUGGAAAUCCUUUAUGGAUCCAGACUGAGGAACUUUUCUAGCAUUUCUGACUUUCCAUCAGUUUUCUUACCUUUUGUACAUUCUCUUGUAUUUCCUGUGUGUGUGUGUGUGUGUGUGUGUGUGCACAAAAUAAUGUUGAGGCCAAAAAAUAUCAGCUUGUGAUGUAAAAAUGAAAUUUAUUACUUCAUAAUUAUAAUUGAAUUAAAAUUAAUAUCACAAAAUAUAUAUUAAUGAUACAAAUAUAAGUAUGGAUAUACAAAAGAAUUAACUUGUAAUAUUCCUUAGGCUAAGAAAAAUGUCAGUAAAUAUAGUAACCACAUCUACUGGUCCCAAUCCAAUGUACAUUUCUAUUAAUUGCUUCACAACAGCUGGAGGUUAUCUGUUUCUCAUUUUGUUAUUUUACAUGUAAGUUGCAAUGAACAAAGACAGAUUAUAAUAACAAUAAUAAUAACAAUAAAGCUCCAUCACCAUGAUAAUACCUUUCCUGGUAUGUAUGGUGUUUCACUGCAUUGUUAGAAACCCACAAAGGCUGCAGUGCACUACAGAACAGAGGUGUAGUGAGGUAGUCCAUACUUCCAAGUUGCCCAGUUAGUAAUCCCUUCACCAUCUUGAUUUUUCCUUAAAGUAGCAUUUACUUAAUACAUUACUGAAUUAAUACUUAAUAACCUGUUUAAUAUGUAAAUAACAAAGAACAGUGAAGUAACCUGCAGUAGAGUUUGUGACAUGAAUUGGAGGCAAUUAGAUUUGAAAUACAUAAUACAAAAGCAGGACUAAUGAAGCAUUACAUUGCUGCCUGUUAGCCUCCCUGGCUCUAUUUUCACUACAAAGAAAUACAUUAUUUUGAAUAUGAAUAUCUGGGCCUGUGACCUUGUGUUGGAUAUGCAUUUUAAAUUACUCUAUAUUUCCAAAUCUUCAUAUUGUUUAACAUGGAUGCCACCUGGAAAACUUAUAGUAUGUUCAUGGAUCAAAGAACAUUUAAUUUCCAUUUAGUCAAUUAAAUGUGACAAUUAUUUUCUAAUAAAUUUUCCCUCAUUCAGACAGAAAGAA